AUGUCCGAGUUCAAUGAAUCGCGCGAGAUGCAGAACCAGUGGGUGCAGCUGUACCCGCCGCCCGUGCUGUUCGACCUUGGGAUUACCGUCAUCCUCAAAGACAGGGAGCCGGCCGCUAGCAAGGCGCAGCUGUUGUCGUUCCUGGAGGAGCACGCGCUGCUGCUGGUGCUGGGAGAAAGGGAGCUCUCCCUACCCUUGCCCACCCUGCUGCCCUCCCCUUCCAGCAUCACCACCUUCAAUACAAGCACAUUCUCUGCCAGUGGCGGUAGUGCUGCUGGUGCUGGUGGUGGCGAUACUGGAUCUUUCAGUGCAACUCUCUCGUCUCUCGCCUUCCCCUCCGCUCACCUCCUUGAAGCCGCCAUGACUGCUCCGCUGCCUGGUGGGCUGCGGCAGCAGCUAGUCUCUGCAAUUACGUCCGUCUUCAUCCAGCUCGAGGCAAUGGACCUCUUUCCGGACCUCCUCGCGUCGCUCGUCGACCUGCUGCUCUUCGCCGCAAAGAGGACAAACCACGCCGACCGCUUCAUCCGCCAGGCGGCGUGUCUCGGCCUACGUGAGCUGGAGGGCGCGUACCCGUGUGUGCUGCAGCAGUAUGGCGGGCACGUGCUGGCGUAUCUGGCUCUAGAGAGAUCGUUCGUGUGGCAGGGAUACGUGGUGCUGCUGUCAGCCAUCGUCAAGAACCUCUGCUCAACGUUUUUUGCCGGGUCAGCCCAGUCUCUCACCAAAACGUCUUCAGGCGGUUCUCCCUUCUCCUCCAUUUCCUCCAUCUCCUCCCUCUCCUCUCUCGCCUCCGCCUCUGCUCACGCCCCCCAGCCCUCCCCUUCCCCCUCGCCUUCCCGCCUGCAUCCCUCCUCAUCCACCUCCACUUUCUCCUCCAUUCACCACCAGUCAAACCACCAUCACACCCAGAAUUCGCACCACCACCAACACUACCAGCAUCAGCACCAGCACCAGCAGCAUCAUCAGCAUCACCAGCAGCACCAGCACCAGCAGCAGCAGCAGCACGCACAUGCCUCUCCUCUCGCUUCAGCCUCCUCCCUCCCUGCCUCUGCUGCCUCUUUCAAAAUCCGCCCUCUCACCAUCGCCCCUCCUCAAGCGGACUCGCUCUUAGCUCUCCCCUUUGACCCCGGCGCCCCUCCUCCCUUCUCCCUUCCUCUCCCCUGGGGGCUUUUGCUGACAAGGCAGCAGGGGGAAGAGAGUGCGGGACGGGGAGGGGGUGCGGAGGUCGGGGGUGUUGAGAUUGUGCCGUCCCAACUGCCUAUUGCGGGCCAGCGUGCCAUCCGCAAGGCCAUCUCAGCGCUUCUAGACGCGUGCCAGCUGGCGUCGCCGCCCGUCCUCGCAUGCGUGCUCGCUGACGUGGCGGCGGUGGCGGCUUCUCUGAACCUUCCUUUUCUCAAGUCACAGGCCCUCCAAGACAUUGGAUCGCUGGAAAGCGCAACAUCCGCUCUGCAAGCCCACACAGCUCUUUACAUGCUUCAACACAUCCUCCGCACUCACAGCUUCACCCAUUCUCACAGCUUUAACCACUCCCACAGCUUCAAUCAACCCCACAGCUUCAACCAGGCGCAUGGGUUUGCACAAGCGCCAGGCACCAUCUCACGCUCCUCCUCCCUCUCCUCCUCCUCUGGCGCUUCAGUUGCCACCAUUCCUUCAUCUGCCCGUCCUGCCACUCCACCUACCUCCAAUACUAUCCGACCGCCAUCCGCACUCCCUUCCGUUCCACCUGCUUUGUUUGUCUCAUCUGCCAUCACACCACCGCCACCACCUCCGGACCUCCUGCCAGCUCACACCAAGCGAGCUAUCGUGCUGCGAGUGGCCCGAUUGGCCCACGAGCCCUGGCAGCCAAUUGCGGUGCGCCAGCUGGCACUGAGAUGGCUGCUGGCCCUGGAAGUUGACGGGGGGGCAGCAGCGGGAGGGGAUGGUGGUUUUGCCGGCAAUCAGCCGCAGCUUCACAUGCAGCAGCAGCAGCAGCAGCAACAGCAGUACACGCAUGCACAUCCCCACGCACAGCAGCACAGGAGGAGGCCCAUCCUGCCAGCAGCGCAGCUAGCAGUGGCUCUCUCCAUUCGUCUCUUCGACCCGCUCGCCCUCAAGGCCGCCAAGACCCUCGCCUUUGCCCGCAUCGCUGCCUCUGCGCUCUGCUCCUCCGCUCUCGACGAAAUCCCACGUGCUGCCACGUCAGCAUCCGCCACGUCAGCAUCUGCCACGUCAGACGCCGCUGCGGCGAGCCAAUCAGGGGAUUCCGCUGCUGCCGACGCGUUCCUGUCCGCCAGCCGCCUGCAGCAGCAGUUGCUGCACGAGUCUAUGGCGGCUCUCUCUCUCUUCUACUACCUCCCGCCUUCCUCCCUCGAUUCCCUCCUCGCCCUCCGCACCCUCCGCUGCUUCCUUACUGCCACACCCCUCCCCUUGCUCUCGUCGCCCCUCCUCUCCUCCCCCCACCUCCCUUCCCCUCCCCUCCUCUCCCUCCCUUCCUCCAUACCUUUCUCCCACUCCCACGCCUCCCAAUCUCUUUCCUCUCUUCCACUGCCACCCCACCCCUUGACCAUCAACAUCGCGUCACCAGAGCAUGAGACCAACAAACCAGGCCUAUCCAGGCAGCACUCACUCUUAGCACCUGACCUCUCCUCUCCCGCCCCUCCCCCAUCCAUCCUCUCAUCCGUGCAAGCCUAUCUGCUCAGCACGCUCACAGCCAUGCCGGACCACAUCCCCAACCUCCUCUUCUUCCUCUCGUGUCUCGCGCACUGCCCUCAACACCACCCCCUUGGCGGCGGUGCUGCUGCAGCACAUGGGGAGGGGGCGUCAUGGGAAGAUACGGCACAAGUGCUCUCCAUAUGCCGCACUGUGCUCACAAGUCAUGCCUUGUCCGUGGCGUUUGACCCGUUGACCCGCCUCUUCUCGUUUGUCACUCUCCACCACCCGGACAUCACGCUGAGGGACAGAGCCAGGUUCGACUCAAAAGUCACCUCCCUCCCAAUCCCCUGCCCCCAUGCCAACAGGUUCUUCCUCCGUCUCAUCACAUCAGCACCAGGCCACAUCAUCCGUCAUCUCCUCCUCUCCUCCUCCUCCCCAUCCCUGCCUCCUGCCCCUGGCCGUCCCCCUAUCACUGCACCUGCUCCUGCUGCUGCCGCACCGUUUCCACCUCCCCUCUUUCACACUCCCGCUGGGGAUUUCUCUGCUGCUUCCGGUGGUGCUCUCUUUGCUCUCGCCUCUUCCGCUGCUGCGGCUACCACCAGAACUGAUGUCACUUCGUCGGAAGCAGUAGCAGCAGGAGCAGGAGUGGGAGGAGGAGGAGCAGCAACAGGAGCAGGAGCAGCAGCUGCAGCAGCAGCAGCAGCGGCGGCGGCGAGAGCAGCAGCAAAUCGACUUUUAGCGGACACAGCAGAAGGACCGCCGUCCCAGCCCCAGUCCGUGAACAUGGCAGAUGCAGCAGCGUUUGCAGAGAUCGCUGCAGUCAUCAGCCCCGUGCAGCUGUCACGCGUGCUACAGGCCAAACGGCGCCGGCCGCCGGCCGUUCCAGACUCCUGGGAGCUUGUCCUGUUCCCCUCAGAUGCGGACAAGAAGGGGGCUGGGGGGGAGUGGGCGAAGGGAAGGGAGGCGGAAAAGGGUGAGGCUGCCGCUGCUGCUGCUUGUGCUGUCAAGGAUGUUAGCCAUGCUUCAGCUUCUGUUGCUGUUGUUGCUGCUGGUUCAAGCAGUAAUGAGUUCAAGUCUCUCACUUUGUCAACUAAGCACCACUCAUUCGCACCACAGAACCUGCAUCACCUGCAGCAGCAGCAGCAGCAGCAGCAGCAGCAGAAGCAGCAGCAGCAGCAGCAGGAGGCUGAGAUUUCUAGCUGGUUUCGGUCGCAGAGUCAGCAGACUCUUGCCUUGCUGGACACGCACACUGCUGAGCUGGCAGCCAUUCUGGACGAGUAUUUUGCCACUCUGGCACGACGACAGCCUGGCGACACAGGGUCAGCGACCAUCAUUCGUGCGGUUACCAGUACCAGCAGCAGUAAGAGUGGUUUAGGUGAGAACAGUGACCAUAACGAGGAUGACAUUAUAGGGUAUGAGGAGGCUGAGGGGUUCUGGGUACGGGUGCCCUGUGUGCUGAAGCUGCUGCCAACAGCUAGAGAGGAGCUUGCCUUCGAUAUAAGCACACUGGGGCAGACUAGGGUUGCUGGUACAGAAGGUGGUGGGGGUGGUGGCAUGGGUGGUGGUUCUGCUUUUGCUCCUGCUGCUGCUGCCACGUCAGCCAUUGAUAUGAUCAUGGGAGCUGUGGUGGGGGUAUUUGCUGUGGAGCUGAGUUUCCGAGCCUCGGUGUUUACCGGACCUAUUGAGCCGUGCCUGAUUCCGUGCCUGAUGAUGGCUCGGGAUGAGGGGGUGACGGGGGAGGAUGGAGAAGAGGAGGCAUGGGAAGAUGAGGAAUGGGAUGAAGAGGAGGAAGAGUACUGUGAGGAAGAACUUCUGGGAAAGGAGGAAAAGGAUGAAGAGGAGGAGAUGGAGAGUGUGGAGGGAGAUGGCAGUACGAAGGACAGCAUGAGCAUUGUUCUUUUCAAACAAGACGGCAAGGCGGAGUCAGCAAACGGGCCGGAGACAGCAGAACAAGGGGAUGACGGUGCAGGGGAGGGGGAAACGAAACGAGAAGAUACCCAGGAGGAGGAAGAGCAGGGAGAGAAAGAGCAGGAGGAGGAGGAGGAAACUUUCAAUGCGGAUUUCACCAGGAGAAACCCCUCCUCUUCCUCACACCACCUGCUAGCAGUCACAGACCAAACACCCUUUGACAUUGAGUUCUCGCCCCAUUGGCCGGCGCCGAUCCUCGUGGCGGUAACCGUAACGUUCACGAGCCAGGACGGCCGCACACUCACAGGCGAGCUGGCGAGCAUUCCCGUCGGUAUAGAGGAUUUCUUCAUGCCUGCUCCCUGGCCGUUUGGCAGACGUGGGGGUGGGAGAGGAGUGGUGAAGGAGGGUAGGGAGGGUGAGGUGCUGGGGUUGUUUGAUGCUUUGUGGGAGCUUCUGGGAGGAGAGUUGAGGGGUCUUGCUGGCAGCAAGCGAGGUGCAAAGCAGGAGGUUGCUAGUGAAAGGGUGGUAGAUGGAGCGAGGGAACAGACGAGGGAUAGAGGAUCUGUGGGUGAGAGCAGUUCAGGGAACGAGGGAGUGGGAGCGUUUGAUGGAAAGGGCUUGCCUGCUGCAAGGCCUGAGUCUGUUCGCACUGUAGCUGUAACACCGGAAGCGGUGAUUGAAGCGGUGGAGCAGCAUUUGGGCCAGUUUGUAGUUGGUGUGGAGGGUAGGGGGAUGCGCCGAUGGUUACAAGAGAGGGUGAAACAAAUGGUUGUUCUUUCCUGUGACGACACUUCUGUUGGCAAGAAACGCGCUGUAAAGAUGUGGGAACGUGUGCUUGGGAGAAGACCCUCAACAUCUGAGGAGAGUGGAGCGGAGGUGGUCCAGGUUGGUGUGUCUGACGUGCUGCUGCUGACAGCUGUUAGUGUGGGAGGUGGUCAGAAAGCUGCUGAGGCUGGCUCUGAAGCUCGGACCCUGGGUUGCGUGCAGGUCCUCGUUUUCAUUCCGCCGCGGUUCCAUGUGGUCAUGCGCCUUGAGGUUGGAGCGGCAUCAACCAUAAUCAGGUUCCGAACUGAUUACUGGCCGUGUCUAGUGCAUGUGGAUGAGUACCUGGAGAGCAUCCUACCAUCGGCUUCUGUCAUGGGAGGCAGGGCCAGAGAACCCUGA